AUCCUUUCUCCUCCUCCUCCUCUCUCUGUCUCCCUCCCUGCCACACAUCUCUCUCAUCCUCUAGCCCAAAGAGUGGAUUUCAGCUGCAUCAGAGUGACAGGGACCCCUCUCUCCCCGGUGGUAUCACCCAGCAGGAGCUGCCAAGCCAGACAGAACGCACACUGAUUGCACGGGAGGUUGGAGCUGUGGUUUUUAUCUGGGUUAGGUCCUAAUUAAAUGGCUGAUAAACAAAUCAGUUUGCCCGCCAAGCUUAUAAAUGGAGGUAUAGCUGGACUGAUUGGCGUAACCUGCGUUUUUCCUAUCGACUUGGCCAAGACUCGGUUACAAAAUCAGCAAAAUGGGCAGCGAAUGUAUACCAGCAUGUCUGAUUGCCUCAUUAAAACCAUCCGUUCUGAAGGAUACUUUGGCAUGUAUAGAGGUGCUGCUGUGAAUUUAACUCUUGUUACACCAGAGAAGGCCAUUAAAUUAGCAGCCAAUGACUUCUUCAGACAAGCUCUGUCCAAAGAUGGGAAGAAGCUGACACUGGUGAAGGAGAUGCUGGCUGGGUGUGGAGCAGGGAUGUGCCAGGUCAUUGUCACUACACCUAUGGAGAUGCUGAAAAUCCAGCUGCAGGAUGCUGGGAGGCUCGCUGCUCAAAAGAAACUCAUGGCGUCUCAGGCUGGACCCAACAGCGCUGUAGCUGAGUCCGUAACAGCUCGGCCUACAGCUAUACAGAUCUCACGGCAGCUACUGAGAAGCGAUGGGAUUGCUGGAUUAUACAAAGGCCUGGGGGCCACAUUGCUAAGAGAUGUCCCUUUCUCCAUAAUAUACUUUCCUCUCUUCGCCAACUUGAACAAGCUGGGCCAGAAGACCCCCGACGGAAAAUCCCCCUUUUUUGUGUCCUUCCUUUCAGGCUGUGCAGCUGGUUGCACUGCUGCUGUUGCUGUUAAUCCGUGUGAUGUGAUUAAGACAAGGCUGCAGUCAUUACAGCGAGGGGUUAAUGAAGAUACCUACUCAGGAAUCAUAGACUGUGCCAGAAAGAUCUGGAGAAGUGAGGGUCCUGCUGCCUUCUUGAAGGGAGCUUACUGCCGAGCCCUGGUCAUUGCUCCACUUUUUGGCAUCGCUCAGGUCAUCUACUUUAUUGGAAUCGGAGAAUUCUUGCUGGGAUUAUUACCUUCUCGGCGUGAUUAAUGUUGAUGCAAGUACACAAGCCCUCUAUUAGUUUAGGGUAUCCUCAAGGUACCCUUAUUUUGGCUGCUCUUGCCACAUUCCUUCUAUAAUGGGACAUCCCUGUCUCUCCAUAUUAAUGACAGGUUGUUUUAUAAGCCAAUCUGGCCCAUCAAACCCCAGUUCUCAGUACAGUGGUAUGGUCCACAGUUGUCCUAAUGUGCUGCAGAACUCCUCAACCAAUCAAAUGACCUCUUUAUCUGUAUUACACAGAGGAAACCCAUCUUGUUAAGAAACAAUAACCCCUGUUACUGUUUGGGGGUUCAGACAGCUUUACCCUUCAACUUGGCAAAAAGGGGUAUUGUUGAUGGGUCUACCAAAAGAUAGCAAUCUUUCUAUUAGGUGUAAUAACCAUUUUCUUGCUGCAUGGACUAGCAACAUGGUGUAAUUACAGGGUAGGCACUAUCAGUUUGAUGCUGGCAUCAACAUUUUAAUAUCAAAAUCCCAGGUCCCAAAAUAUUAGAUUUGUAACAUAGGCCCUUUUUAAAUGUAUGAUAAUGAAUUUGGUAAUGAAUUCGGCACCAGUCUUGCUUUGUCUUGAGCUUUAAGUGUGUGUGCCCUCAGAUCUCUAAAUAUUUCUACCAUCGGUCACUAUGUUAGAUGCAAAUCAGAAGGAUCAGAAGCAAAAUUGCCCUUGCAUAUGCUUUUGUCUGAUAACAGAAUAAUGCCCAAUGUAAGACAUAUGUUGGCACUGGCAGUUGCAUACAAUGCACAGGCUGAGACUAGUAACCAAUCAGAUAGUUUUAUUUAAUAAAGUGUUUAGUUAUUGUUUUAUUCUUUUAAUUAUCUGGCCUCUGGGAUCUUUUAAUUGUAGAGCCCCUAUGCCGGCACCUCCUGAAGCUCCCUGAUUUGCACAGUUAGGGAGUGGGUAGUGUGGGGCCCUACGUGCUUCCUCCUGCCCUCCCCUCAAUCAGCACGUGAUCCAGUGUGCAAGAAGCAGUACUCUAUGCUCUUAAAACGAGUGCAGAGGCCUCUGGGUACUUGCAGGACACAAUGUACAAAGUGCAUUAAAAUGGCCGAUUGUAGCUUGCAUUGUAGAAGACCCCUAUUGUGUGAAUUUGUAUCUAUAUACAGUAAAAACCACAAAUGCUACCAUAUUGCUAACCUUGACUCAGGCCUUCUUAAUGGAUUUCAAUGAUUUAUUUAUCAUCACUAGAUAAUGGUGAUAUUUUUAAGACAAUAGAGAAUAUUUCAGCAGAGCCAUGUAAUAUGACAAAUUAUUUACAUAUGCAGGAAUAUUCUGGCCACGCGAUGCUAUACCCUCAUCUUACGGUUUAAAGGUGGCCACAGACAUUACAAGUACGAUCUUUCCUGGAAAAGAUCUUUCCUGGAAAGAUUGUCGUUUCAAU